GAUAAUUGAAAACGAGAAGAAACCGGCGACAUUUUGUUUUGCGUCUGAGAAAUUCUUGUCGUAACUAUCAAAAUAUUUCCAUCUCAAAAUGUCCAGUCAGGUACAGAGCUUGCAGAAGCAGUUGGGACAGCUUCGUCUCGAAGCUAAUGUACAACGAAUCCCAGUUUCACAAGCAAUCGAAGAAAUCAUGGAUUACACCAGUAAUCAUGCCGUAGAGGAUGGCUUGGUGAAUGGAGUGCUACAGUCGGCGAAUCCUUUCAGGGAUCAGAAGAGUUGCAUAAUAGUGUGAUUUAGAAUUUCCCAGUAUUGCUGAUCAUCCAUUAGUUUCAAGAACUCCACAAAUCAAGAAAUGAAAAGAUCUGCAACUGUAGAAGAAGGGCAUCGUGCAACAGUUUUCGUUAAAAACAUUUUAAAGCAACUCUUUUAUACAUCUCACACCUUUUUACAUUAUGUUACAAGUACAAUGUCUUAUGUUAGACUGUGGGAACAUGAAAGACAUGGGAUGGUCUAGAAACACUUAAUUUAUUGUGGCUGUCUUGGCCUUUCAAACAUUGAUUGUGCUGUACUUCAAUCUUCAACUUCUGUAGUUUUUUGAUACGGUAAUUUAAAUUAAAAUCUAUACAUGCAUGCUUUCUGAUGUGGGAUGUGUGCUGCUCAGAUCUCGAUGUCCUGUUAGUGUUUUAUAAUGAAAAUUUUCUCUUAUUCUCAUCGUAUGCCUUAGAUUAUUCUGCUGAAAUUGGAUAGAAGUUGUUGUCGUUUAUAUACAUAGAUUCACCGAAAUCUCGCUAUAAUUCAGUUUUGAUGACAUGCCUUCUGUGUUAAAAAUUGUGUACCAAUGGAAAAUACUUAUUACCUGUGUUAAGCAUUUGAAGGGAGAAUAAGAAUAAAUCGUGGCAUUGAAAUUUAUAUUGUUUUUAACUCAAUCACCCCUGAAGACACAUUUGAACUCUUCCAAUUCAAAGGUUGGAAUAGUUCAUUAUGAAAUUUCAGGGGUGAAUGAGUUAAAGCAAAGUGAAUCAAUGUCUGAACAGGUUAUGCAGUGUGAUACGUAAUGGUUCAAGUCAUGAGUGUUGAAAUCGUACCAACCUCAAUGUGAAUUGUUGUUUUGGUACUUCAUCUUGUUCAUUAGGGGAGUUCAUCUUAAACAUUUUUCGGACUCUCAAAUUUUGCAAAGUGACAGAAUGGAGGUUAUGUGUUUCUGCAGUGGACGUAAAUAGGUCGAAUCAAACUCAAAAAUACACUGUUGAGAUGUUUCUUUCAGCGUCAUAGGGGAUUUAAAUAUAUAUUUCAGAACGUAAUUAAUCCAAGUAGUGUCUCUCAUGUUAAUGUUUCAAAAUAGUACAUGUACCUUAACUAGACAAACACUAUUUUAAUAUCAAGAUUUAGAACAAAUUCUAUUAUUAAACAUACCUCUAUCUGAAAUAUAUACGUAGUUUCCAUUCAUUUGCUUUCUAGGCGAAAAUACAUGUAUUUUGUUGAGUAAACUGCAUCAUUCUUUAACUUGCAUGUUUUAUAGUAGAUAAUGUAUAUUUGUUUUAGUACAAUAAUAAAACCAUAGAAAAAGGAAAA